AUCAAGUGAUGUCCCAGCAAUAAUGUCAUCUCUGUGGAAGAAGUUAGACCAUACACUUUCUCAGAUCAGGAGUAUGCAAAGUUCCCCGGGGGUUGCUGCCAGUCAGAGAGCCAGAACAAGAAACGGAAUUGCAGAAAUCAAACGGCAGAAAAGGCUUGCAUCUCACGCAGCUCCUCGAGUCAGCUCAGAGUUGCUGACAUUGCCCUAUAUUUCAGGCCAGUUUACCGCCUCGCCUUUGCCAGCUGCACAAGUUGUUCGACCAGUUGGCCACAUUUCAACUCCUUUGAGGUCAAAUUUUGUAGUGGUUAACCAUGCACAGUCACAAGAGACUGUAACAACUGGAGAAGCAUCAAAUAUUCCUGCUCCUCAGGAACGGAAAACUCAUGCCAGUUUAAUGUCUCCUGGUAGACGUAAAAGUGAAUCUCAAAAGAAAACUAUCAGUUUAACUGGUCCUCAUUCAACGAUACGGAAUUUUCAGGAUCCAAAUGCUUUUGCAGUAGAAAAACAAAUGGUUAUUGAAAAUGCACGAGAAAAAAUAUUAAGCAGUAAAUCUCUCCAAGAAAAGCUUGCAGAAAACAUUAAUAAAUUUUUGACCAGUGACAGCAGCAUGGCUCAAGUACCUAAGCCAGCAGAAUGCAAGCCUGCUGAGCCAGAGGCUUCCGUGGAUGAACUGUUGGGACUUCCGAGUGAAAUCCACAUGUCUGAAGAAGCUAUACAGGAUAUCUUGGAACAGACAGAAUCAGACCCAGCAUUUCAAGCACUCUUUGAUCUCUUUGACUAUGAUGAUCCAUCUGUUCAGCCCCCAUUUUGCACAUCCUAUCAGAAUGAGGAAGCAUCAACUACUUUGAAGAAUGACAGCAACCAUAAUGAACUUACUCAGGAAGCCCAGGAACAUUUUUCCCAAAUGGGCUCUAGCAUUCAAAAAAGGGCCUUUAAAACGGCCAUACCUGUUGAACAGAAGUGUAACCUUGACAUUACCUUUGAGUCUAUGCCUAAUUUGAAUGACUUUAACCAAAGAGGAAAUUCUGAUGCUAUGUGUAAUCAGCCUUGUGUUGAAUUAUACACCAGUCAGAUAGCCACUGAAACUGAGCUGCCUCCAAAUGUGCCGAGUGAAUCUCAACUACAACCUGAUCAGUCUGAAGUACCAAUAGCAUCUUUUAUUUCACAUGAAACUAACAAUGAAAACUUAGUAGUUGUCUCUGGAAAAUGUUCACAACUUCUAUCCCAAAAUUCUUCAUUAACUGGAAAGCCAUCUAACAAAAGUCAACUUUGUGAAAAUCCUAAUGAUACAGUAGGACUGACGACUACUUUUCAUGAUUCCAAGUCACCAGAUUCUAGUGGAAUUCACCAAAAUAAAAUGGAAAUGAAUAGCGUGUUACCCAUUGCAUCACAACAGAUUUCCAAUUGCCAAGAUAACUCUGCACUUCCAAGUAAUAUAUCAAUUUCUGUUGAAAAUUCAGCUUUAAAUGGAUCUGAGCAACAAGUAGACAUCUGUCUUGCAGCGCCAGUAACUUCAGUUAAGCCACCUAAUGAUUCAACAACAUCUGUUGAGUUUCCGCAGACAGAAAGUGAAGCUCAGCUGUCCAAGUCUGAGAAAGCUGCUUUGGAUUCACAGGAGUCUUUAGCUUCUGUCAAAGAAGGAGAUACGAUCUAUCUUUCUUUGAGUGAAAAUAGCAACUGUGUGGAAGUGGCUCUGAUGCCUCCAGAGGAUAACCCUAUAGAAGAGAACCAUUCUCUUCCUUCAGAGUCUGUGUGUGCUUCCGUGGGAGAGACUCACCCUGAAUCUCAAAAUACUAGUGAUAAGCCGAGGGACAACGCCACAGAGAUGGAUGCCUCAAAUAUUGUCUCUCUCAAAAUUAUCAUCAGUGAGGAUUCAUUUGUUUCCACAGAUACUGAGCUUAACAGUGCCAUUUCUAGUAUUAGUGGAGAAAAUUUGCCCACUAUAAUUUUGUCUUCUCCUAAAUCAUCUUCCAAAAAUACAGAAUUGGCCAAAUGCCUGUCUUCUGAAGAAACUUCAGGUGCUGUUUCAUCGACUGACAGAGUUGGAACUUCGUCAGUGGAACAGGGUCUUUUAGCACUCAAGCCUGAAGACUCUAAAAUAUGCAUCAUCCAGAGUGAAGACAGCAUUGUUCCUUCAGCAAGUAUUGUCCCCUGUGUUCCCAAGGAUGGAGGGUUCAUACAGUUGAUGCCUGCCACAAGCACCACAUUUGGCAAUUCAAAUAAUAUUCUCAUAGCUACCUGUGUGACUGAUCCAGCAGCCAUAGGAACAACUGUAAGUCAGUCUAAUGUAGUGGUGUUGCCUGGAAAUUCGGCACCUAUUACUGCUCAGCCUCCAGCACCUCAGUUCCAGACACCUCCCAGGUCAAGCAGUGUUUUUGCUGUCAACCAGGGAUUGACACCAAACUUGUCACAAGGAUCUGCUAUUAUAAUCGCCUCUCCAGUCCAACCAGUACUUCAAGGAAUGGUGGGGAUGAUCCCUGUAUCUGUAGUUGGACAGAAUGGAAAUACUUUUUCUGCUGCUCCUCGGCAGGUUCUUCGUAUGCCUUUGACACCGUCUGUGUGCAGCAGAGGCAUCCCCCAAUUCCCUGUCCCUCCAAAGUCUCAGAAGACUCAGGGACUAAGAAGCAAGCCUUGUACAGGGAAACAGAUCAAUAAUGUGGUGGAUUCUUCACAUCAGUCAGUGGGCUCUCGGGCACAAAGAACUGACCUUUCUGACAAGAGUGUAGUCACAGAUCUUGGAAGAAAAUUGGAUGAAGUCCCGGUGCCCCUCUCAGGAGAGAGUACAGUUCCACUGAGCAAGCCAUUUGAAAGCCACCGACGGGUGCUCUGUUUUGACAGCACUGCUCCUCUUGUGGGAAAUAGACAACAGGGCCCAGACCCUAAGAAGGCACCACCAAACAAUGAAAAGAAUGACAUUUCUCUCCCUGUUCUUGACUGCCCCAUUGUGCCCUCCCCCUUAAAACCACCUUCUAAUAAUGCUAUCAAAAGGGAGAAACCUGUGCCUAAGAUUUUAUCUAAAUCAGAAACUGCCAUUAGUCGGCAUACCACCAUAAGAGAAACUCAGCCAGAAAAGAAAGUCUUGUCACCAGAGGUUGUACUUGAAUCUUUCCAUAAAGCAACAGCUAAUAAAGAAAAUGAAUUGUGCAGAGAUAAGGAAAAGCAGAAAAAUCCAGAAACCACGAAACUUUCCAAUGGCCAGCAAAAUGGGAGUUUACGGAAUGAGAAAACUGGAGCUUCAUUGCAAGAACUAACCCAAAAGCAAGGCACACCCUCCAACAGUAAAAGUGCCCUUUCAGUAGGAGGAGCUGUGAAGGAUAUAAAACAAGAGCAAACUAAAGCUCCCAGUGGUUUGAUUAGCCCCCUAAGCAAGCAUACUACAGACAUGCUAGAGGGCAGUCGGCGGCACAGCCCAGUAAACAAGCUUGCUGAUGGUGGCGAAUUACCUGUGCCUCGGACGCCUGGCUCAGGGGUCGGGGAGAAACACAAAGAAGAACCUACAGAUGUUAUCAAGGUCCCUUCUAGUAGGCGCUUCGUUGAAGACAGCGCCCCCAAAGUCAUGAUCCCUCCUGUCACCCCAGACGUGCCUGCUUGCAGCCCUGCCAGUGAAACGGGGAGUGAGAACAGUGUGAGCAUGGCUGCCCAUACGUUGAUGAUUCUCUCCAGAGCGGCCAUCUCCAGGACUGCUUCAGCCACGCCGCUGAAAGACAAUACACAGCAGCAGUUCAGGGCUUCAAGGAGUGCCACAAAGAAGCGGAAAAUUGAGGAAUUGGAUGAGCAUGAACGGAACUCCCGUACUUCUAAUAAAAAUCUUGGGAAUUCAUCAGUACCCAUGAAAAAGAAGAAAAUUAAGAAAAAGAAGCUACCCAGUUCGUUUCCAGCUGGAAUGGAUGUGGACAAGUUUUUGCUUUCCUUGCAUUAUGAUGAAUGAACAUUCUGAACUUACACGGACAGUAGCUAUUGAAAACUGGUAUCCCAUAAACUGUGAGUGUAGGGAAUGGGAUACUGACAGAUUCUGAAAACAUCACCUGCACUUUCAUUGUACUGAAAUUUCACUUUAUAUCUAAAUCAUGCUGUUUCCGAAGCAGCUGCAUAGUUUGUAAAUAGACUUACCUGGAAUGUUUCUAUUUUGGGAAGAAAAAACUUUUUUCUUUUGCAGAAAUAUAAGUAAAGCCAAUCUGCAAAACUGUAUAACUUGAAAUUGUGUGCUGUAAAUAUUGUGUAAAUCUUGUUGAAAUAGAGGUUAAUACAACCUAAUGUUCUUAUACUGUGUUUUUUGACACCUUUUGAUCCCCAUUUCUGAGGCAUAUUCAUCUGGAAUAGUUUCUUUCUUUGGGGGGACAUAAUGGUUUUCUUUAUAAAUUACCAUCAGUAAUUGUCCAACAAGGCAUUUAAAAACAUAACCACUAAGUACUACAAACGUGAAAGCCACCUCAGCUUGUAGUCAUGUACCUAAUCAGACAUCAGCAGGUUGAUGAUUUUGUUUGAGGAGUACAUUACCAUCUCCUUAUAAUUGCAGUAAAAAUUAUAUUCUUGAAAUUUUGCUCUUUAACUAUUUCUUGAUUGUUCUGGUCUCUUUGUUUUAAAGAGAGAAUGUUGUAAAUUAUUGGAGUACUCUGAGCUUUUGUUUAUAGUUUCUAAGAUAUUUUGCAGAACUUUUAACUGGUUAGACUCUUGAGCCAUAACAAACUUGGUUGGUAGUGAUUGAGGUUUCUCAGUAUGUAUAUAUUUUUCUUCUAUAUACUGGAGAUUUAAAGAAUUGCACUAAUUUAUAGAACUCUUUACAUAAUAGUGAACAAUGCACAUUUAAUUUAAAUCUUGUAUUGUGUUCAAUUUGUGUAAAGGAUUAUCUCCUGAGGGCCUUUUCGAAAGCCACAGCCGUCAUGAGAUGUACAAAGAGAAGUCAUAGUUUAUAUUGUAAGUUAGUUUCUCCUAAAAUUGGCUGUGCUGAAUAACUGUUUCUGUACUUAGAUAUAGUGCUUUGUCUCUGUGUCCCACAAAGUGGUAUAAAGAGUUCUCUCCAAAAGGCCUUGCGGGGAAUGAAAGAGGUGCCUUCUCUACCCUAGACUCCUAUGUUAUCAGUUAAGGUGAAGAAUUGGUUUAAGCCUAUAAAUGGGAACAAAAAUUUUAAUUAAUACCCAACCAAUUGUGCCUGGAUAUUAAAGUAUUCUAAGUGCUUUCCUUUUCACAAAAGAUCAGUGUAUUCACGUGGGGUUUUCUUCCCCCUGCGGAUGUAGAUAUUGUUAAAGAGUCACCUUCCUCAACCAUUUUCUUUCUCUUUUGGUUUUUGUACUCAUCCUUUAAAAAAUAAAUUCUCCCUGCUCUUUCACAACA